CAAGAAAUUCGUUCAAAGCAUAACACCCCUCACACGAUUGGCCGAGAAGGUUACACCCGACUGGAAGUUAAGACGCAAAAAAAAAUGAACACAACUGAACAGAUUGAUAAAGCUGAUUUAUGGGUAGCAGGUCACAAACCGAGUGAAGGAAAGGAACCAAAUACUAGUGUUCUAAGUGCUUUUAAAAAAUUGAAGAAGCUCAAGCACAUCAUGGUUCUUGUAGUGGAUCUUCCUUGACAGACGAUGUUCUUACACGGUCUCGUGGUGAAGAUAAAGGGGUGAGACUUAAAGGAAUGGGGUUUGGAGAGACACGUAAAAAGAUUGCAUCCAAUAGUCAGUAUAAGUUGAUCAUUCAAGAGUGUCAGGAACCCUGUAGAGCAAUGAAUGAUCGUCUUGUGAUGUUAGAGGAAAAGAGCUCAAAGUGUGUCUGCGCUGAAGUCCACUCUCACACUGACAGUCCAGUUGCAAGCAACAACGUGGCUAGUACUAGCAGAGCUGCUCCCUGCAAUGGAAAAGCCUCAACUCCCACUACUAGUCAUGUCAGUAGAUCAAGUGAUGUGAAAGUGCCAGAAAGAUUUACACCAUGCCGGUUACUAAGUUGGUACAAGGAAGGAGAGGUGGUGGCUGAUGCUAAAAUUAGUGAAACGGAUCCGUCGCAGGAGAUACAUGGGAGGACAAUAGGUUUUGGAGCCUACACUGUGUGUGUGUGUUGAUUUCUCAUGUUGAAGGUGCUCUCGUCUACAAGUCAACUUCAGAGUUCAAGUUUGUUGCUG